AUGUUGAACAACGACACCGUUUCAGUCGGCUUCUUUCUCUUUCUCUUCCUCUUCAUAGCCGUUUCAGAGCCGACAUUCAACGACGACGUUUUGGGUCUCAUCGUUUUCAAGUCUGGCCUCCACGACCCACUCUCCAAGCUCGCCUCUUGGAACUCGGAAGACUACGAUCCCUGCAACUGGGUCGGAUGCGUGUGCGACCCGGCCACCAGUCGUGUCACGGAGCUCCGGCUCGACGCCUUCUCUCUCUCCGGCCACAUCGGCCGUGGCCUUCUCCGUCUCCAGUUCCUCCACACCUUAGUCCUCUCCAACAACAACCUCACCGGAGCCCUAAACCCCGAGUUCACUCACCUCCAACUCGUCGAUUUCAGCGGCAAUAAUCUGUCGGGUCGGAUCCCGAAAGGGUUCUUCGAGCAAUGCGGGUCCUUGAGGUCCGUCUCUUUCGCCAACAACAAACUCACCGGUCCUCUUCCAGUCUCCCUCACCUACUGUUCUACUCUCACCCAUCUUAACCUCUCUGCCAAUCAGCUUUCCGGGAGACUACCUCGAGAAAUCUGGUUCCUCAAGAGCUUAAAGUCUCUUGAUCUAUCUCACAACUUCCUCCAAGGAGAGAUCCCCGAUGGGAUUGGCGGUCUCUUUGAUCUCCAUGAAAUUAACUUAUCCAAUAACUGGUUUUCUGGUCAUCUCCCUUCCGACGUUGGAACCUGUUCUUCCUUGAAAUCGCUUGAUUUCAGUGAGAACUACUUGUCCGGCUAUCUUCCCGAUUCUAUGAAAACCCUCGGCUCGUGCAGCUCUAUUCGCCUGCGAGGAAACUCCCUCAUCGGAGACAUCCCUGAAUGGAUCGGCGAAAUCGCCAGCCUCGAGUCUCUGGAUCUCUCCGCCAACAACUUGUCAGGCCAUGCCCCUUUCUCCCUCGGCAAUCUCGAGUUUCUCAAGGAACUGAAUCUCUCCACAAACUUGCUCGCUGGGGAGAUCCCCGAGACCAUCUCCAACUGCUCCAACUUGAUCUCCAUUGACGUGAGCAAGAAUUCAUUCUCCGGGCAUGUGCUCAAGUGGAUGUUCAACGGAUAUUCAGAAAGCUCCUCGCUUUCUAGAUCAGGGAACGACACUCUUCUCUCCAUGGUCGGGUUUCUUCAUGGUCUUCGGCUCCUAGAUUUGUCCUCUAAUGGUUUUUCCGGUGAGAUUCCGUCUAACAUUUGGACCCUCACAAGUUUGGUGCUUCUCAAUUUGUCCACCAACGCUUUCUUCGGUUCCAUACCAACCGGCAUUGGAGGAUUGAAAGUCGCAGAGAUUCUUGAUCUGAGUAGCAAUCUUCUCAACGGAACCGUGCCUUGUGAGAUCGGAGGAGCCGCCUCCCUGAAACAACUUCAUCUGCAGAGAAACCGCCUCGCCGGCCAGAUUCCGGCUCAAAUCUCAAACUGCUCGGCUUUAACCGCAAUAGACCUGUCGGAGAAUAAUCUAUCUGGUGGGAUUCCGGGGAGCAUAGGCAGUUUGAGCAACCUCGAGUACAUAGACUUGUCCACAAACAAUCUCUCCGGAAGCUUACCCAAAGAAAUAGAGAAGCUUUCUCAUCUGGUCACCUUUAACAUCUCUUACAACAGCAUCACUGGGGAGCUUCCAGCUGGAGGUUUCUUCAACACCAUCCCUCUCUCUGCCGUCACGGGUAACCCAUCACUCUGCGGAUCCGUCGUGAACCGCUCAUGUCUCUCUGUCCACCCCAAACCAAUCGUCCUCAAUCCCAACUCCUCCAACCCAGCCAAUGGUCCACCUCUCGGCGGUCAGAUUAGGAAGAGCGUUUUGAGCAUAUCCGCGCUCAUUGCCAUUGGCGCAGCGGCCUUCAUUGCCAUCGGGGUGGUCGUCGUCACGCUGCUCAACGUGCACGCCCGAUCUAGUGUAUCUCGUCACGAUGCAGCAGCAGCUGCUGCCGCUCUCGCUAUGUCGGUGGGAGAAACAUUCAGCUGUUCGCCAAGUAAAGAUCAAGAGUUCGGGAAGCUGGUCAUGUUCUCAGGCGAAGCUGACGUGUUUGACACCACAGGCGCAAAUGCGUUGCUCAACAAGGACUGCGAGCUGGGCCGUGGCGGCUUCGGAGUGGUCUACAAGACGAAUCUCCAGGAUGGGCGUCCACUGGCAGUCAAGAAACUGACGGUGGCAGGUCUGAUAAAGUCGCAGGAGGAGUUCGAGAGAGAGAUGAGACAACUCGGGAAGCUGAGACACAGGAAUGUGGUGGAGAUCAAAGGGUACUACUGGACUCAAUCGCUGCAGCUCCUGAUCCACGAGUUUGUCUCUGGGGGAAGCUUGUACAGACAUCUACACGGGGACGAUAAUGUUUGUCUAACGUGGCGUCAAAGAUUCAGCAUCAUUCUGGGGAUUGCUAGAGGUCUGGCUUAUCUGCACGCCACUAACAUGACUCACUACAAUCUGAAAGCAACGAAUGUGCUUAUAGACGCCACAGGGGAGGCGAAAGUCUCUGACUUUGGGCUGGCCAGGCUCUUGGCCUCGGCGCUGGACAGGUGCGUCUUGAGCGGCAAGGUACAGAGCGCCUUGGGGUACACAGCCCCGGAGUUCGCUUGUAGGACGGUCAAGAUAACCGACAAGUGCGAUGUGUACGGGUUUGGGAUCUUAUUGCUGGAGGUGGUGACGGGGAAGAGGCCGGUGGAGUACGCGGAGGACGACGUGGUGGUGCUGUGUGAGACGGUGAGAGAAGGGUUAGAGGAAGGGAGGGUGGAGGAGUGCGUUGACGGUAGGCUGAGAGGGAAUUUUCCGGUGGAGGAGGCAGUACCAGUGAUAAAACUAGGGUUGGUAUGUGGGUCCCAAGUGCCGUCAAAUAGGCCGGAGAUGGAAGAAGUGGUGAAGAUUUUAGAGCUCAUACAGUGUCCUUCUGACGACUCGGAGUGA